GUAGUUGAUCUGGUUUUAGGGGGCGGGUCCGGUCUACUCCCGUACGGUGUGGUUUGCGUGGCCGCGUGCUUGUGGGGGCGGGAGCGCGUGUGGCAUGUAACAGGUCAUGUGGCAGCCUCCUAGGGACACGCGUGGGGUCUGGAGCAGGACAGGCGUGUGCAGCUGGACCCUACGUGUGGUUCAGGAGAUGAUGGACGAAAGAGAACUGAACACGAGUGGGCUGAGCGGGGCCCAGCCUCUCUGCCUCUCUUCCGUUCCAGCUCCGAACGAGCAGCGGCCCGACUGAAGAGCAUGCAGCCUCCUCACUCCCUGCCUGGCCUCGCCAUCCCAGCCCCGCCAGCCUGACCCCCCGGUCCCAGCAUGGCCCAAGGUGCCAUGCGCUUCUGCUCAGAAGGCGAUUGUGCCAUCUCCCCACCACGAUGCCCUCGUCGCUGGCUCCCCGAAGGCCCAGUGCCCCAAAGUCCCCCAGCCAGCAUGUAUGGCAGCACAGGAUCCCUAAUACGACGAGUGGCGGGACCAGGUCCUCGAGGCCGGGAUCUGGGACGUGUGACAGCACCUUGCACCCCUCUGCGAGGCCCCCCAUCACCCCGUAUGGCUCCCUCACGCUGGGGACCCUCUUCACCCACUGGGCAGCCCCCACCAGGGGCACAGAGUUCUGUGGUCAUCUUCCGUUUUGUGGAGAAGGCCAGUGUGAGACCACUGAAUGGCCUACCUGCUUCCGGAGGCCUGAGUCGGAGCUGGGACCUGGGUGGGGUUUCUCCUCCCAGGCCCUCCCCAGCCCUUGGACCUGGCUGCAACCGGAAGUUGCGGCUAGAGGCAUCCACAUCAGACCCACUCCCAGCUGGAGGAGGCUCUGCUCUUCCUGGCAGCCGGGACCCCUCACAUGGGCCAUUGGUCCCACCCCAGAUUGGGGCAGAUGGCCUUUGCUCCUCUCUCCCCAAUGGGCUGGGGGGGACCCCUGAGCGUCUGGCCAUGCACUUCCGAGGACCUGCAGACACUGGAUUCCUAACCCAGGGGGACACCUGGUCCUCCACCCGGGAAGUGUCCUCUCAUGCGCAGAGAAUCGCUCGAGCCAAAUGGGAAUUCUUCUAUGGCUCCCUGGAUGCCCCCAGCUCAGGUGCUAAGCCCCCAGAGCAAGUCCUCCCGUCACAUGGGGUGGGCUCCAAGCAAGGCUCUGGGGUGGCUGUGGGGCGAGCAGCCAAGUACUCUGAGACAGACCUGGACACAGUGCCGCUGCGGUGCUACCGAGAGACGGACAUCGAUGAGGUCCUGGCUGAGCGGGAGGAGGCUGACUCCGCCAUUGAGAGUCAGCCCAGCUCUGAGGGCCCUGCUGGCACUGCUCGACCCCCUGCCUCACGACCCUGCCCACGCCCUGGCCCUCCUUCCAGCUUGGGCAGUGGCAAUGAAGAUGAUGAGGCUGGUGGUGAUGAGGACGUGGAGGAUGAGGUGUUUGAGGCCUCAGAGGGGCCCCGACCAGGGGACCACAUGCCACUCUCUGGGCCUCUCAAGUCACCAGUACCCUUUCUGCCUGGGACCAGCCCUUCAGCAGACGGGCCUGACUCUUUCAGUUGUGUGUUUGAAGCCAUCUUGGAGUCGCACCGGGCCAAGGGCACCUCCUAUAGCAGCCUUGUGUCCCUGGAGGCCCUGGCCUCACCUGGCCCAACCAAGAGCCCCUUCUUUACCUUUGAGAUGCCUCCCCAACCCCCAGCUCCCCGGCCUGACCCGCCCGCACCUGCCCCUCUUGAACCGGAUUCGCAUACCAGCUCUGCGGCUGAUGGUCUGUGGACCCAGAGAAGGGAGGCGGAGGAGUCAGAGGCUGGGGCCAAGCUGGCCCCGAGGAGGGAGCUUCCUAGUCCCUCCCGCUCUGAGGAGAGCCUUGGGCUGGGGGCAGCACCCCUUGGCAGUGAACCGCCCCUAAGCCAGCUGGUGUCCGACUCAGACUCAGAGCUGGACAGCACAGAGCGGCUGGCCCUGGGAAGCACAGACACCUUGUCCAAUGGGCAGAAAGCAGAUCUGGAGGCCGCACAGCGCCUGGCCAAGAGGCUAUACCGACUUGAUGGCUUCAGGAAGGCCGAUGUGGCCCGGCAUCUGGGCAAGAACAAUGACUUCAGCAAAUUGGUGGCUGGCGAGUAUCUCAAGUUCUUUGUCUUCACGGGCAUGACUCUGGAUCAAGCUCUCAGGGUGUUUCUAAAGGAGCUGGCCUUAAUGGGUGAGACCCAGGAGCGGGAGCGUGUACUGGCCCACUUCUCCCAGCGGUACUUCCAGUGUAACCCUGAAGCCCUGUCCUCAGAGGACGGCGCUCACACGCUGACCUGUGCCCUCAUGCUCCUCAACACAGAUCUCCACGGCCACAACAUUGGGAAGCGCAUGACUUGUGGGGACUUCAUCGGAAACCUGGAGGGCCUCAAUGAUGGUGGCGACUUCCCCAGAGAGCUGCUCAAGGCCUUGUACAGCUCCAUCAAGAAUGACAAAUUGCAGUGGGCCAUAGACGAGGAAGAGCUGAGGCGAUCUCUGUCUGAGUUGGCCGACCCUAACCCCAAGGUCAUCAAGAGGGUCAGCGGCGGCAGUGGCAGCAGCUCCAGCCCCUUCCUGGACCUGACUCCUGAGCCUGGGGCUGCUGUCUACAAGCACGGGGCCCUGGUUCGAAAGGUGCACGCAGACCCUGACUGCAGGAAGACACCUCGCGGCAAGCGGGGCUGGAAGAGCUUCCACGGGAUCCUCAAGGGCAUGAUCCUCUAUCUGCAGAAGGAGGAGUACCAGCCUGGGAAGGCUCUUUCCGAGGCAGAGCUGAAGAAUGCCAUCAGCAUCCACCAUGCCCUGGCCACCCGAGCCAGCGAUUACAGCAAGAGGCCACACGUCUUCUACCUGCGCACCGCUGACUGGCGGGUCUUCCUCUUCCAGGCCCCGAGCCUGGAGCAGAUGCAGUCCUGGAUCACUCGCAUCAAUGUGGUGGCUGCCAUGUUCUCUGCACCCCCCUUCCCAGCUGCCGUUAGUUCCCAGAAGAAAUUCAGCCGUCCUCUGCUGCCCAGUGCCGCCACCCGCCUCUCCCAGGAGGAGCAGGUGAGGACCCACGAGGCCAAGAUGAAAACCAUGGCGAGUGAACUGCGCGAACACCGGGCUGCACAUCUGGGAAAGAAGGCCCGAGGCAAGGAGGCCGAUGAGCAGAGGCAGAAGGAAGCCUACCUGGAGUUUGAGAAAUCCCGCUAUGGCACCUAUGCAGCGCUGCUUCGAGUCAAGAUGAAGGUAGCCAGCGAGGAGCUGGAUGCCAUUGAGGCAGCGCUGGCCCAGGCUGGGAGCACGGAGGAUGGAUGCCCUCCGCCUCACUCCAGUCCUUCUCUGCAGCCCAACCCCACCAGCCAGACCCGGGCUCAGCGUUCUGGCUCAGAAGCCCGGGCUGGGGCAGGCAGUACAAGGCCAAAGCCCUGAGCAGGG